CCAUUCAUUAACAUCCUCACAGUUUAGGCUUGUAUCAAUUAUUAUUGAAUUAUAAAAACUCGAUCAAUGUAUACGAACGAUGACGUCAAUUUGAAUUAAAGACGUGUGUCAUUUACAUUUUCGUUCUUUCGCGUUCAGUGUUUUACUGCAAAUUUAAAUAUUUUCUAAAAUAAAAUAUAUAAGUUAUUUUGACAGUUUAAUUUUCCCUGAAGAAGGAUAAUCGCAAACAUAAUCAAUAAUGAAAACAAACGCUUUCGUGAAUGGCACACAAUUGUUUAUGCUGACGCCACUGCUGAUUUUUUGCUGACUCAUACAAUUUAACCCUUUGAAAACAUUUUUAUGAGAAUUGAAAAUAUCCACUUGUUUUAUUGGCAAUAAACAUCAAAGGAUUUGAAAAUGCUGUCAAAUAAUUAAUUGUGGAAUUUUCACCUUACAAAUAAAAAGAAACCCAUUUGUUACAACUGCCCAAUCAACAGAAUCGAUUGAUUAGAUAUUUCCUGAAACAUUACAAUAUUAGCUUUUCAAAUCAUGUCCGAGUCGAAUGACAAGAUUUCGUAAAUUGAAUAGUUCAGAAUACCAUUUAUAUUCAAAUUUCAUUCCAAAUAAACAGGAGUUCAUAAACCUUCAGUCAACUUUCAGGUAAAUAUCUAUUAUGGCUUCGAUUUAAUUGAUAGACAGGUAGGUACCAAAGUGAAGAGCGCAUUCGAAUCUAUCAUUUGGCUUGAGUACACCAACAACUACUUAUUUUUCGAACCGUUCCUUUAUCAUCGAUUUGAACUUUGGAACGAAAUUAAACAACGAAAAGUUAAUGGAUGUACACGAAUUCGAAAACACCUACAACUAUUGUGUGGACACAUAAAAAAAUUUUCAAAUAUUGGAUUUGUGUGGAGGUAAAGUCGAAAUAGGAGUUUGCCUCUUAACCUCAAAGCGAGAAUAAUAACAAAAGCUACUUCAUGUGAACAAAUAACAAUAGUGUGUCAAAGAUGAGCUCCGGCAGAAAACCAAAUCAUUUACCUGUUGCCAAAGGGAUCUAUGUGCCUGGUGCAACAGAUGUGAUGCUUGAUUAUUCGAUAGAUGGCGUUUUUAUGAGAAUAUACUACCCAACAGAUGCUAAGGUCGAUCAGGAUAAUCAUAAAAAAUGGAUUCCCUGGAUCCCUGAUGCUAAUUACUUAGAAGGAAUAGCAUCAGUACUCAUGCUUCUCCCAGUGGUUGUCAAAGGCCUUAUAUGGUGGUCAGGCAACAUACAUAUCCCUGUCUUGUUCGGAGAAAAAAUAAGAAAGCCCAAUGGUGAAAAAAUGAAAUGCAUUAUAUUGUCCCACGGACUUGGGGGUAGCAGAUUUUUGUACAGCCUCAUUUGUUACGAGCUCGCCUCCCAUGGGUUUGUUGUUUUCGCCAUAGAACACAGAGAUAAAUCGGCAGCUUACACUUACUACUACCAGGAUGAACAACAUGCCAAGAACGAUUACAGAAGUAAUAUAAGAUACAAAAGAGUCCCUCUCAGUAGAGGCCAUUUCGAAAAGAGGAAUAAGCAGGUCCAUCAACGAUCUGACGAAUGUGUGAAGGUGUUAGAUUUUAUUUUAGGCGUAAAUGCCGGUAAUGUGCCACAUAAUGUACUAGAUGACGUGAUGUGCAAAGAGAGAGAAUGUAAUUUCAAGCUUUCUGAUCUGGUUGGCCAGUUGGACGUUGAGAAUAUAAUUAUGAUGGGGCAUUCUUUUGGAGGCGCAACUGCAUUGCUUACUUUGAGCCGAAGAAAAGAACUCAGGUAUGGAGUACUCUUGGAUCCCUGGAUGUUCUCUAUAAAAAAUGAAAAGCUAGAUCAAAAGGUCGAUCAACCUCUACUUUUUGUUAAUACACAAACCUUCCAUGUGAGUUCCAACACAGAAGCCAUGUCAAGGUAUAUGACUGAUCCACUGAAACGAGAGAUGUACACAAUAUUGCAUACCACCCAUGAAAAUCAAUCGGAUUCUGUGCUUCUUAUAGGAUAUUGGCUGAACUGGUUCAUGAAGAAACUAGAUCCUUUCAUGGCACUCAGAAUAAACAACUCACUGAUCCUAAAAUUCUUGAACGUUCAUGUUGGUUAUCCAAGUGAUGCAGCCCAACAUGAAGAUCUUAUAAACGAGCAGAGUAAAAAUAUCGACAAGGGCCUCACCAAACCUUGGAUUUGAUUUUUGUGAAAUUUUUCCGAAUAUGUUUAAUUUAGAAAUAUGAAUGUUAUUGUUUUUUUUCUACUUUUGUCAGUUUUGGUUGUAUUUAUUCGAUAUCUUUAUUGUUGUUAUUCAAUGACGAACAUUCUCUCUGAAAAUAGUAGUGGAAUAUCAAAAUAUUAUGUAAAAGUAAAAUAAAAUAAAUAUUUAUUUUAACUAAGUAAA